AUGGCAGAAAUCGAAAAGGACAACGCAAGCCACCACAGCAUCGCCCCCGUCAAGACCCCGGACACAGACGCAACAACAGCAAUAGAUCCUGCCGCGGAGAGACGACUCCUCUGGAAAUGCGACCUGCACGUCCUCCCCAUCCUCAUGGUCUUGUACCUCCUCGCGUUCUGCGACCGCAUCAACAUCGGAAAUGCCCGCAUCCAGGGCCUGGAGAAGGAUCUCCACAUGAAAGGCAACGACUACAACAUUGCGCUGUUCAUCUUCUUCAUUCCGUACAUCCUCUGCGAGGUGCCCAGCAAUCUUAUCCUGAAGAAUGUGGCGCCGUCGACGUGGCUUAGUGCGAUUAUGCUUGGAUGGGGCAUCAUCACGGUCUGUCAAGGGGUUACGCAAAGUUUUGGCGGACUGGUUGCUUGCCGGUUCCUGCUGGGAGUUUUUGAAGCUGGAUUCGUGCCAGGAUCCACCUACUUGAUCUCCAUGUACUACCAACGCUACGAACUACAGAAGAGAAUCUCCAUCUUCUUCUCGAGCAGUAUCCUCGCCGGAGCUUUCAGCGGGUUGCUUGCAUACGCCAUCGCGAAUAUGGCUGGACUGGGCGGCUACAAUGGCUGGCGUUGGAUCUUCAUCAUCGAAGGUCUGGCCACCGUUGUCGUGGCCGUUGUCUCCAAGUUCCUGAUCGCCGACUGGCCAGAGACGGCCAAAUUCCUCGACGAGGAGGAGCGAGCGCUCCUGACCCGUCGCUUGGCCAUGGACGCUGGCGAAGCCAACAUGAAUCGUCUCGAUAAACGGGCCGUCAAGCGCGCCUUCUCCGAUGUCAAGAUCUAUCUCGCGUAA